CGCCCUCUAGUGGUUGUUUAAGGUUUUGACAGGGGGCUAUAAUGUGAUAUUUGUUCACGUCACUUUCUCUUCUUACUUUCUGCCGAACUCAAAGCGAGAAUUAACUCAAAUUCAGUCUAGUGGUAGUCAGAAAAAAUCUCCAAAGUGUCUUCUACGUACAGAACCGAGUUUUGGAGUGUGGAGGAGAAGACCCAGCAGCUGGUUCGAUGUUAUGCUGAAGCCAUGCACCAGCAGAUAGAUGUCGGGACGCAGACAGACCCAGUGGUGGUCUUGUCUCUGGCCCAGGCUGCUGUGUUGGGACUUAUAUCCCAGAACGAGGUCUUUGGUGCCACGAUUGCCCCCAACGGCUUUUAUACCGGAGAGCCCAAAGAAUCGCCUGCUCCGUCCAUCGAGCGGAUGGACUACGAGUACGCUGACCAGCUCAUUGGUGCCAAUGGUGACUACCUGGGUGUGAACCUCGGAGAGGACGGUCAGGUUCACCCAAGCUGUGCUGAAAGGAGGUGGCAGGGGACACCUGAAAACACAAAGCCUCUCAUAGGGCACCAGAACUUGGGUUCACAUGUCAAAGGUGAGUCUGUGACCCCGGGACUACCUUCCUGCAACCACAUGAUGAGCAUGAUGCCUAGAGAGAGCAUGCAGAUGGUAGACAACUCUGGUUACCGCCUGGCCUCCAAACCUCACCCCAACAACUGCUGCUCUACAUGUGUGCGGGAACCCAAGAGCACUCAUCCACCACCUCACCACCAUGUUCAUCCCCACCCCAACACUCACACACCUAAUGAGGUUCAUUCUCAUGACAGAAACCGUGCACUGGAGAAAAGAGGAAACGAGGACAUGCAAGAGGAAGUGAAUGAGGCAAGGAUGGGGAAGUCUGGCGGUGGAGGGGAAGAGAUCAGCAGCUACUUUCGUACGAAUGAGGUUGGCUAUGAGGGUGGGGAUAUGGAUGGCGUAGGGGAGUUUGAUGAGAGCAACCAAGGCCUGUUCUGGGGGGAGCCUGUGGAAGGGGAGGCACCGCGGGGACGCCGCAUUGACCGAUUGGACAUCAAUAUUCAGAUCAACGAGUCCUAUUGCGUAGAUGUCGGCGAAGGCCUGAAGCGCUGGAAGUGCCGCAUGUGCGAAAAGUCCUACACGUCCAAAUAUAACCUUGUAACGCAUAUCUUGGGUCACAAUGGCAUAAAACCCCAUGCCUGCCCACAUUGUGGGAAGCUCUUCAAGCAGCCGAGCCACCUGCAGACACACCUCCUGACACACCAAGGCACACGGCCGCACAAGUGCACCGUCUGCAAAAAGGGCUUUACUCAGACCAGCCACCUAAAACGGCACAUGUUGCAGCACUCGGAUGUCAAGCCCUUCAGCUGCCGCUUUUGCCGCCGAGGCUUUGCCUACCCCAGUGAGCUGCGAGCCCAUGAGGUGAAGCACGAGCGAGGCCGCUGCCACAUCUGCCCGCAGUGCUCCAUGGAGUUUCCCACCUACGCCCACCUCAAACGCCAUCAGGUCAGCCACCAAGGGCCGCCCACCUUCCAGUGUAGCCACUGCAGUAAGACAUUUGCCUACCGUAGCCAGUUGCAGAACCAUAUGCUGAAGCAUCAGGUCCAACGCUCUUUUUCCUGCAGCCAGUGCGGCCUGCAGUUCCUGCAGCUCCACCAGCUACGUCAGCACUCUCUCACACACAAAGUGCUCAAGCCUCAGGCACGCGCCUCUAAGGUAACAAAGGGCUUCAAGUGUGAUGUAUGCGCUCGCGAGUUCACGUUGUCUGCAAACCUGAGGAGGCACAUGCUGAUCCAUGCCAGUGUCCGACCCUUUCAGUGUCAUGUCUGCUUCAAGUCCUUCGUCCAGAAGCAGACUCUGAAAACUCACAUGAUCGUCCACCUUCCUGUGAAACCCUUUAAGUGCAAGGUGUGCGGGAAAUCAUUUAACCGAAUGUAUAAUCUUCUCGGUCACAUGCAUCUCCACGCUGGCAGCAAGCCAUUUAAGUGUGCGUACUGCUCCAGCCGAUUCAAUCUGAAGGGCAACCUCAGUCGUCACAUGAAGGUCAAACAUGGCAUGGAUGUAUCCCCAGAAGGACAAGAUGCUCCGCCAGAUCUGGAACCUCAUGAGGAUUAUGAAGAGGAUAACUUUAACUUCACCGCCCCUGAAAAUAUGGAUGCUAACGACGCGCCUAAUCUCACCAAGCUCUCUGAGGUUGCUAUACAGGAGCUGGACUAUUAUAACUUUGGAAAGGAUGUGGGCAGCUACAACACAGCAUGAGCCCUAAUAAGACUAAAGCUGAAAUACUCUUGAGUAUCCAUUGAACUAAUUGGGCACUUAUCAGCCAUAAGCUGGCUGUUAUGUAUUUCCAUGAGAACCAAGACUUCUAUAUUAUUACUGAUGGACAGGUGGCUAUCUUGGUUUGACUCCUGUUGUAACUAUACUGAUCCUGUUUCAUAAGAACCACUGAAUUUGCUAAGAGUCUUUCGAACAGUUGUAAGUUUACCCCGUGCUGCUGUCUUGCAUUUCUGCAGUACGGUAUUAAUUAAAGGUCCACUCAGCAUAGUUCAUGACCAAAAAUUAACAAUAUACAUAUAUAUAUAUAAAAAAGUGAUUAUUUACUGUCUUUAUAUUGCUUACAUAAUGUACACUCGCAUGAGAUUGAAGGGUUGCAUUUGUUUGUUGAUAGUAAGGUGGGUAGCGAUGCCACCCCACAGCUCUAGGGUUCGAUCCUGAGCUCGGGAUACUGUCUGUGCCGAGUUCCUGUGCAUGUUCUCCCUCACAGUUGCUCCUAGGUGUGAAUGUGUGCGCGUGCAGGUUGCCUGCGAUGGAUUGGCCUUACCAGCGUAAGGAUGUUUCCCUACCUCAUGCCCAGGGUUGAAUGAGACAGUUUACUCUACAUAGCUCAAGGUUCCUUGGUGGAUGUGAUCAUGUGUCCACAAAGCCUAAUUACGGGUAAAGGUGCCAUCAAAGAAGUUUUGCACCUUCACUGAGUGCAGUUGUCUCUUUCGAUGUCCCAAGCUGUGUGAUCAUCCUCCAAAUCUGCAUUUUGAGGGCGUCAUACUGCAGCUUACGAAGGCAUACGUUCAAACCGUACAUCAUCUCAUGCAAGCGUACGUAAUGUAUGAAGAAAAGAUCAUAAAUAAGCACUGCUAUAAUAUAGAUUUGAGACUUAAAAAAAAAAAUUACAACACUGUAAAGUGGUUUUAGGCCAUGAUGAGCCACCGGAACAGUUUCAGCAGGUCUUGGCAUAAAAGCAUUUGGAAGUGUACUAGAAAUGAACAUUUCUUCCAAAAGAGAUGCUCUCAGUUGGUGUUUUGACGAUGGAAAUGGAGAGCGCUAUCUAAGAGUUCCCUUCAAAGUCUCCCGUUGUCUGGUGACCACAGUAGCUAUAGCAUGACUAACAUUAUUUCCAUCUUCAUCAAAUCAUUUUGUGAGCCCUCAUGCCCUGUGGAUGGGGGCGGGGCCAUCCUGGAAGAGAGCAUGCCCAUCGGGAUAGAAUUGUUUCAUCAUAAGAUGAACAGAAGAACUUUAUCAUGAUUUCCAGUGACAGUUCACACUAAGAGGACAAAUGGACUUGCCAUGUCACCAAAAAUAAAUGCGCCCCCCCCCCAAUAUCCACUGUUUUUUGUUUUUAAAUUUGUGACCCAUCUGUGUAUUGUCUCUUUUUGAUCACUGACUGGACCUUUAAAAAAACAGCGUAACUAAUAUCACUUAAGUUUCUUUGCCUCUACUUACUGUUGUUUAUAUGUGAGGGAAUGUAAAAGCACACCUGUUAUAUUAUUUGUGCUCAGUGGAGCAGUGUACAUACUUCAGAGUGUGUGUUUGGGCCCCAUUACCAAAGUCACUGCAUGAGCAUCCACCCUUAGACACCACUACAGUUUCCAGAAAUCAAUACCUUCACCAACAGCCAGUUAUUUGUAGACAAUAAUUUUUCCCAUAUUAUCGGUUUGAUAUUUAUUUUGCACCUUUUGAUUAAAAAUGCAUUUAAUAUCUUUUGAGGAGAAACCUGGUUUAUCACUGACAGUUAAAGCUCUUGUCUAAUCUUCAUCUCUUAGGAGACAGAUAGGGCAAUGUUGCCAGUUGUGUUAGUUUCUUUAAAUAAAGCAUUUUCAAAGUGAA